AUGUUCCCGAAGGUGCGAGGAUUUCCUCGCUGUGGAUUCUCAGAGACUCACUGUGAAGUUGUGGCCUCAGCUCUGAAGUCCAACCCCUCCCAUCUGAGAGAGCUGGACCUGAGGGACAACUUCAACCUAAAGGAGGCAGGAGUAAAGCUGCUUUCUGCUGGACUGGAGAGUCCAAACUGUAGACUGGAGACUCUGAGUUUGUGGGGCUGCAGUUUGUCAGAGAUCAGCUGUGCUUCUCUGGACUCAGCUCUAAAGUCCAACCCCUCACAUCUGAGAGAGCUGGAGCUGAGCUUCAACAAGCUGCAGGAUUCAGGAGUGAAGCUCCUGUCUGGUUUUCUGGAGAGUCCACACUGUAGACUGGAGACUCUGGGAUUGAGUUUCUGCAGGUUGUCAGAGAUCGGCUGUGCUUCUCUGGCCUCAGCUCUGAAGUCCAACCCCUGCAAUCUGAGAGAACUGGAUCUGAGCGGAAACAAGCUGAAGGAUUCGACAGUGAAGCUGAUGUCUGAUCUUGUGAAGAGUCCACAAUGUAGACUGGCGACUCUGAGAUUGAAGCCGUGGUGAUCUCUGUCAGAGUGAGGGAUCAAAAAAGUGGAUGUGUUGAGAGGAUCAGUCGUGUCCUGAUGAUCCACAGAGGUUCACCACCUGGACCUGCAUCUUAUUUUGUCUUUUUUUUUUAUUCAUUCAUUCAUAUAUUCUGAAUCCAAAAUGCCUCUGCAGAAUAGUUCAGUUUAUGACAUCAUUAACCUCUAGAUUAACACAUUUGAAUAGAUCUUU